CGGGAACGUCUUUGCCACACGCGCUUCAAACACAGUGGUGACAAAUCCUAUUCUCCGAUCGUCUUCAUCAGUUUUUUUUUUUUUUUUGGUGAAAUUUGAUUCGUUUGAUACUGUUCUAAAGACUAAAGCCAUAAACUUCUCUGUUUUUAUAAAUACGACAAUGGUUAAAAGUAGUAUCAUCAAUAGCCGGAAAAGAUUCAUUACUGAAGGCGACAUCGCCACUCUUUUGCAUAGGUAUGAUACGAAGACGAUACUGAGAAUGCUACAGGAGAUGGCCUAUUAUUCCGAACUCAAGAUGGAUUGGAAUGAGUUGGUGAAGAAGACUACUACCGGAAUUACCAAUGCUAGAGAGUAUCAGUUGCUAUGGCGACAUCUUUCUUAUCGAGAACCACUCCUCCCUGUGGAAGAUGAUGCUCAACCUCUGGAUGAUGAUAGUGACUUGGAGUGCGAACUGGAACCUUCCCCUGCAGUCAGCCAUGAAGCAUCUGUGGAGGCUAUUGCUCAUGUCAAAGUGUUGGCUGCUUCGUAUGUGCCAAGUGAGUCCGAUAUACUCAACGACACAGUUGAGGCUCCCUUGACUAUAAACGUACCUUAUGUUCUGCCUGAGGGAACUCAGGAACCAUCUGAGUCUCCUUGGUCGUCAAGAGGGAUGAAUAUUACUUUUCCGGUCUGUCUUCAGAAAGCUACAUCUACUACUGAGGGGAUGAAUGGAAAUGGUUCAGCUAGUAGUAGCAUGGCUUUUCGGAGGAAAAGGAAAAAAUGGUCUGUUGAGGAGGAUGAGGAGCUGUUCGCCGCUGUAAGGCGAUGUGGUGAAGGUAACUGGGCAACUAUCAUUAGGGGAGACUUCAGAGGAGAUAGAACCGCCUCCCAACUCUCGCAGAGGUGGGCGCUUAUAAGAAAAAGGGGUGAUACUUCGACCUCUGUUAGGCAAUCUGGUGUACAACGAACUAAUGAGCAGAUAGCAGUUAACCAUGCAUUAUCCUUGGCUCUGGGAAAUCGGCUCCCAACAAAAAAACUUUUAGUAGGUAUUUCGACAAAGACUUCGUCGCGUGGCAUCACAGAAACACAAGCCAAUGGGGCCUGUUCUUCUCAAGGUCAACAACAAUCCAAACCAGUUGUUCAAGCAUUGCCUGGGACAGCAACUUCAAAAUCUCGAGUUGUUAGAAAAACAACAGCAAGCUCCAUUUCCAGAUUAGAUGUAAUGGCAACAGCUAACUCAGUAGCGGUUGCAGCAUGUGUGGGUGGCGUAUCGACUGCUGCAUCAGUACCAAAGGUCGAACCUGGAAAAACUGAUUCUCCUUGGCCCUCAUGUAGUCUCUCCGUGCCAAAGGUUGAACCAGGAACGAGUGUUACCGCAUCUAGUAUCAUUAAAGCGGUUGGACCUACGAAUACACUGCCUCUCGCUAAUGGAAAAUUGAAACCUGUGGCGGCUUCACCAUCUUCAAGAAAACGUCCUCUCAUGGAUCCUCGAUCAGAAGGAUCUACAAUGCUUUCUGCUUCUGCCCCCUUGCCUUCUGAAUCGAGGAUUGUCUCCAAUCAGAGAGUUUUUGCAGCUACUGUAUUACAACCAGAGCCAUCAGCUGAGACUGUCACUUGCAAACCAGAUGGUGGACAGAAAGAGGAAGCUCGUGGGAAUGGAGCAAGCUCACCGGCUGCAAUCCAGCCAAAUCAAAUGACCUCAACAAACUCGGAGAUUUGCAGGGGAAAACAGGCUACACAAGCUCAGUCCCCUAAUCUUUUGCCAAGGAAAAUUCCAGUAGUUAAAACAGCAAUUCACGGUGCCACUAACCAAAAGUUGGUGAAUAAACAAUCUGAUAAGACUGUAAUACCAUCCAUCAGUGGAGCUUGUUCGCAAUCUCAAGCCAAAUGUGAAGUGAACAAUAAGGUUGGUCCGGCGAUCAAAGGGAGUAGUGUAUGCGGAAAACCUGCAGAGGUUGCAACUAUGGCAGGGACCGGACAGGGUGUUUAGUUCUUUUGAUAGAGUCGUCGGAUAAGUUAGUUUGGAGUUUUCAUUUGUAAGUUUUAUUAGAGGACCAAAAGGAAUAUAUGAUGUAAAGGAGGCCCUUCAGUACAUGGUACUAAUUAAUAUGAAUCUCAUAUACUUACAAUC